AAAUGCUAGAAAAGAAUCAGUCCGCAGAAUGCUCGCGUUACACAAAGUAAAUGAGAAUGAUCGAAAGACACAAAAAGAGUUCACACAGCUUCGACGCGUUUGUAACCCAGCAUCCAUCUUUCUGUCUUACCUCUUUGUUCUAUGUCGUCGCGCCUUUCAGAUCCCAGAGUAACAACGUCCCUGGGACGCUCUCUUGCGUUCGGGGUUUCCCCCCAAUGACUAUGCAGCAGCAAUCCAACAGGCUCUUUGUUAUCUACUAGACCGACUCUCUCUCUCUUUCUCUCUUGGCAACAAAGCACGUCUGCUCAGCUUUUUUUUUCUCUGUCUUGGCAGUUCUUCUUGCAUAUGGUAAGAGGAGGGGUCAUGCUUCCUGGCCCCUCUUCUCUGGCGCUCUAU